GUGGUUUGAGCAAAGGAUCUCAGGAAGGGAACAUGUGAGCGGGGAAUGGGAGACUGGAAACUGGAUUAUUAUUCUAUACAGCAGAGAAACGCAGGAGGGGACGGGACAGGUAGGGGACCGAAAUACUCUGAAGGGGCGAGGGUGAGGUGAGGUCCGACAGUUUUUUGGGACUGUAUGAAGGAGAGGAUUAAACCACUUUAUCCAAGUUUGAAUGGGCAUGUCUGUGUUUGUACUGCGCUUUAUUCUGGCACCAAUUGUCCAAUUUAAAAACUAAAUUUAGCAUAAUGAAUAAGCAAAAAGACUUGUCAUUAUAUCCCACUGUCAUUUCGAUGCUUGUGAAUCUUGAAGUGUCCCUGAUGACACCACAUCACGGAGCGUCUCCCCUCUGACAGGUCUGAAUUGUAGUCCGUACCGAGGUCCUGAAUUUAAAAAAAAGAAAGACUAAUUUCAGGAGUCUAAAGUGUAGUUUAAUAAUAAUUAAAAAGUAUAGCAAAUGAAAAAGUAUAAACAAUUUAAACUUUAAAGCAACUACAGAGCCGAAUAGAAAUAUUCUGGAUGCUUGAAACGGAAUACAUACAUAUUUUUAAAAUCACUUUAAGAGUUUACUACAGCUAAAUCAACUUGGCCGUAGAUCCAACUGUACUAAGUCAACUGUUACUUCCAGAUGUUUUCUUAAAAAAUAAAUAAAAAUAAAGGAAAAUGAAUUUAACAGAGUCAGUUUUUCUGAGACAAAAUCAGGUGUUUGAGGAUAAUCUGUGCGCGGCAUCAUCUUUCAGGAGUGAAUUUAACGCUUCACUCCCGACAGACCUGCUGCCUGCUUGGUUGGUUUCAGUGCAGUGACAUGGGCUUAAUGACUUUACACAAACUGCGGGUUUGAAUUUAAGUCGCAUUUGUUUACAGUGAGUGACCUUAUAAUGACGCAGCUCAGCAGCGCAGUUACGCACGAAUAUCUCUCCAUAGUUUUCGUGCAGAUAAAUGAAGAGUAUUUGUAUGACCGGGCGGGUUGAAGGUAACCUGGUCACACACACCAGAUUAAAGGUGUCUGGAGGGAAAAAUUAUAGAGGGUAACCAGCAGGAUAUCACAGUUAAUAUUAAAUCUAUUUAUUAAUUCCUUUAUUAUGUCCCUUCCCCUGCCUAAAAUAUCCGCUCUUAUUUUACAGGUGAGACUCAGGAACAUUGUGACACAUCUGAGGAGUAAUUCCCCCUGUUUCGAAUUUUUGCGCAUCGGUGAAUUUUGGAAACUAUCUGGCCAAAGAUGAACACCAUCGUGUUUAAUAAGCUGAGCAGCCAGGUCCUGUUCGAGGAGAAGGCGAAAGAAGUGGAAAUGAGCAGCAGAAAUUAUCUGGAGGUCAUCGACGGGCAACAUCCAGACCUCCUCUCCAGCAACCAGACCAUCAGAGACAACCAGGCCAUCCGACACAGGAGGAGCGGGUAGGUGGAGCAGUCUGCGGGAUUUAACGGCGUGAGAGGCUUGUGUUAGGAUGUGGAUUAGCUGUUAUUUCACUUGGCACAUGUUUGCGCUGUGAGAGCGUGGAUACCAAUGAUGAUUUUGUCUGGGAUUUUCUCUCUGCAGAGAGCGAAAACUGGAGGAAUAUCAAACUCAGGAGAUUGCUUCUUGGGUCAUGUUCCUGUGAAACUACAUUAGUGUUACAGUUUUAAUCAGCGUGUGCGCAUUAAGUUUCGAUUUGAUCAGAUUUUUUCAGCAGCAGUGCGUAAUUUUCGCUUUUACGCACAAGUUUAGACUUAACGCGUAGAUUAAAAAUCACCAUGGAAGUUGUUUCUUUACAUCAAAAAGUUGAAGUGAUUAUGUUUUACAUCUCCAGACUUCAACACCAAAUUAAAAAAUCCAGGCUGUCUUAUUCCAAGGUUGCUACAGUGCAACAGGAUCUGCUGGUUUGAGGGAAUGAAUAUUUCCACUUUUCCAAUCUGGUCCUCAUUAAAGUGUUGAUGUUCACAGCUAAUCUUAAAAUUAAUAAGUAGGUCAGUCUGUUCGGUAGCGUGUCUUCUGGAGGUCUCCAUCUGUUUCCAAGAAAGAAAUGUGCCCUUCAACUCUCUGUGUGGUCGAGUCAAUCACAGCAGAGUCAGUCAGGCCUUUAUUUUUAAAUGUAUAUUUUGUUUUUGUUCAUUUCUCCUCCAUGUGACGGGAGCAGGUGUAAGAAAAGAUGAGACUGAAUUAUUUGUUAAGUGUGAAUUACUGUAUGUCAUAUUUGGCACAGCUGGGCGAGAACAGAGAAGGAAGAAGUGACCUUAAGGAGCCUUUUAUUCUAAAAGAGGAGAUCUGGAGUGAACUGCGGGUGUCAGCUGGUAGGAAGCAUCAGUCCUAAUGAAGAACAUUAAAUAACUAAACAAAGGUCUGAAUGUGUGUGUGUGUGUGUGUGUGUGUGUGUGUUUGAAACAAAGUUCAGGACAGAGUAACACGUCCUCUCGGAUGUUCAUACUGAUCUAGAUUACAAGGAAAAUAUUUGUAGAACAUGAACCUCAGGCAGACUUGAGGUUAGACUAAAAUAUGUUACAUCUGCAGCCUGUGGAGCUUUUAGGGAGAUAAAGAGCGCAGCAGAGCACAGCACCACACUGACAUCUACAGGUUCAUGAAACCUGGAGGGAAGAAGGUGAGGCUGAGACCUUCACAGACGGAGAGAGGGACUGAGACUCGGUUUUGAGAAAUCAAGUUGAAAUGCUUUAUUUUCAGCAGAUUUAUGUCCCUAAACAGCAGAUUUAUGGUGAUUUAUGAUGUUUUCUGCUGUUUAAUCAGUGACAUCCUCAUUAAAAUCUUCUUAAAGCAGCUGUUAGUUCUGACUCCGUAGGUUUGAGGCUGUACAGUAUUUUUUAUUUUGGUCUGGAUCUCAUGCUUUAUCCCUGUUGUGAUAUUUUUAGAGCCUCUCCUGGUCAUGUAUGGCAGCUUUUCUCUGUUCCAGUCUAAUCUCAGCUCUCGGUCAGUCCCCUGUGUGGAGACUUGGCUGCAGAUGUGACCCUGCAGCUUCAGUGUUCUUGGUCGCUCCUCCGGGGUGUGAAAUGUUCAUCUGGCCUGACUAAAAUGUUUUGUUUGUUUCAUUGCGACGUGUUGGCGGUUUGUGGGGCAUGCACUGAAAAAAUAAACUGUCCGUCCUCUUGUCCUCACUCUCUCUCUCUAUCUCUCCCCUGCAGUGUCUCUUUGUCUCUCACUCUUUUAAUCAAAUUGAAGCUUUGGGUGAGAAAAUUGUACGCUGUGGAGUGUGUUCACUUUAUAUGUCAUGACUCACAAAUUCAGACAACAUGGCGGUCUGCUCAGGUUUCCACUGCUUUGGUUGAGUUCAGUAAACAACACGAUCCUGCUGCGUCUCUUUACGGGUUCAAACCAGAUUUAAUUUAGAAAAUAAGAGAAUUUAAUCUAGGGUGUUUACCAACAGUUUUAGCUGAUAUAAUGAGCAUAAUGUCAGUGAAAAAUGCAGAGUGGGUUCAUGUCAAACAAACCCCUCAUACACCUUUAAAGACAGGCUGUGUGUUUAUUUGUUGGCAGGCUCAGAAAUGAAAAGAAUAAAAGCAGCAGACAGAGCAGAAUAAACAGUCCAGGUCUCAGUUUCCCUUCACUCUGCUGUCUGCCUAACAUCUGUGUACCUGUCUCUCCUCAGAGGUCGUCCAAGCGGUGGUAAAGUGCGGCACAAACGUCAGGCUCUGCAGGACAUGGCCCGGCCGCUCAAACAGUGGCUCUACAAGCACAGAGACAACCCCUACCCCACCAAGACAGAGAAGAUCCUGCUGGCCCUUGGCUCGCAAAUGACCCUGGUCCAGGUGAGUCUAUUUUGUAGGGGCUUUAAAACAAAAUAGAGCUGUGUAACAGUUAUAAAAGUGCAGGCAUGAGUGCGAUCAGUGAAGGGAAAAUGAGUGUCUGUCUAAUCAGGUCUGGAAAAGUGGAGCUGUUAUAGGAUUAACAGGCUGUGAGCAGAAAGUGUUUUUUACAUCUCAAGCUGUUUAUUUUACUGCUCUCCUGCAGGGACGCUUCAUGUUGUUUCUGCGUCCGUCCAAACGCAACAGUCGGCGUUUCUUUUCAUUUUUAUUUCACUCAAAUGUGAAAAAUAGCUGCAGCUGUAAAUUCAUCCUGGACUCAUCUGUGUCAGUGCCUCCAUUCCUUCAUGAUUUAAGACCUCCUAUAAAAAGCAGAUAAUUUACAUCUCAGUCAUUUUACAUGAGCUUAUUUCUCUAACCUUCUGAGGCAUAAACAGGUGAAACUAUUCCAAAAAAAAAAAAAGAAAUAGAGCACAUAUUUCUGAUUUUAUGACAUCAUGAUCACUUUUUCUUUAAUCUGUUACUUGAAUUCUCAAAUUUAUCCUUCGAUUCUGGAGAAUUUGUGUUUCAGUGAUAAUUCUGCACCUGAUGAACUGACCACUCAGAGGGAAACUCAACCGUUAAUGCACAGUGUGUGUGUGUGUGUGUGUGUGUGUGUGUGUGUGUGUGUGUGUGUGUGUGUGUGUGUGUGUGUGUGUGUGUGUGUGCGUGUGUGUGUGUAUGGUAUCAUCUGGCUGUCAAGGUCACUCAUACAGCCUCCAAGCGUCUGCAGCGGUGGCGUUCUUGGGCUGCCGGCCACACUGCUUAAUCUGGUUCUCAUUUUGGAGCCUGAUGGGCCUGUUUGUUUUGUCGAGGGUGAGCAGAGCGUAGAGGAAUGCUUUGUGUCGGACACAGGGGGCCGAACACGCACUUCACACACACCUCACACACACAUACUUUAAAGCUAAUACCCAAAUACCAGCAGCAGGGUCAGAGAUCACAACCCCAUUUACACAAAAGUUAGAAAAACGGUGCAAAAUGUUGAUUAAAACAAAUUUUGAUAGUUUAAAAAUCUCUUAAGUCUAUGUUUCAUUUAUAAAAGUUCAAAGAAAACAAAAAGGAUAAAAAUGGAUUUUUCAAAACAUCUUUUUCAUGAAAAAUAUCAUUUUAAAUUUGACUUCACCAACAUGUUUGUUAAAAGUUGUUAGAGGAGGUUGUUCAAUAGUUUCAGAAUAAUGUUCCUGAGUGUCAAAUGUGACAGAAUGAGUGGAUUUCAUCAUCUACAGUUCAUAAUAAAAUUAAAAGAUUCAGAGAAUCUGGAGAGAUCUCUGUACUAAAGGGACAAGGACCAAAACCAGGACUGGAUGGUCCUGAUCUUCAGGCCCUCAGGCAGCGCUACAAUAAAAAAAGACAGGACUCUGUGGUUUGACGAUUAAAACCUUGAUAUUCAUUUUAGAAAUCAUGGAUCCUCCUCUCUAAAAAGUAGAGGGACAAUCUGGCGUGUUCUCAGCUACCAGUUUAAAUCCAGCAUCCCUGAUGGUAUGGGGAUCAUCAGAGUCCAUGUCAUGGGUAUCUUCCACAUCUGUGAAGGCUCCAUUAAUGCUGAACAAUAUCUACAGGUUUAGGAGCAUCAUCUGCUGACAUCCAGACAAAGACUUUUUCAGGAGGACCUUCAUAUUUCAGCAAGACAAUGACAAACCACAUUCUGACUACAGGGAUUACAACAGCAUGGCUCUGUAGGAGAAGAGUCCAGCUGCUGAGAAACUGGUCUACUGGGUUCACGAAGGUAUACAGAGAGCAGUUGAAAAAAGAGCUGAGGACACAUGAGGAGAUACAUGAACCUGAAACUACGUUUUACAAAUGUGUAAACAUUUUAAAUGAGCAGAGACUUUUAAUACAACAAUCACAUGUUUCAGUUUCAAAAUCUGGUUAUCAUCAUUUUACUAUAUCUUGUUAGAUAUAUAAAUGCUUUAUGUGGUUGAGUUUGGUAUGUAGCAGAAUAAAAUCUCCUGCUGAGAAAUUAUAAUUUCAUAAAUGAUCGUGAAAUUAGGAGCAUUACUGAAGGUGUACCAUCUGCAAAUGAUUUCAUAUCAAAAAUGUUUUUUUUUUUUUUUAAAUGUAAGUGCGUCUCUCCUCUUUAAAUACCAGUUCUGUGAGGCUAUGAUCACAGAUCUUUCCACUGUUUAGUCCAAACGAAGCCAGUGCUGCAGCCAGCAAUGUAGAACGCAUCACUUCCUGUGCAUUUUCCCUGGCAGCAGCAGCCACCAGGCAGCAGGUGUUUGGAGAAACUAAAUCUGUCAUUUUUCAGCACAACAGCCCUUUUUCCAUGUAAAUUAUUACUAAAAGUUUGUGCCAUCGGUGCCAUCUCUCCAUCCCUCUGUAAUCCCUGCAUGCUGUCUCCUCCACGGUACAUCCAGCACAGACAGAGCACGGCUGGAGGAUCUGCUCCGGCUGCUCCAAAACAACCUUUCUCAUGUCUUUGUCAUCAGCAGUAGUGCCCUCACGUCUCUUUUCUCUUACCCCAUUGACGGCCAUCUUUCCUCCGGUCUUCAUUAGCGAGCCGGCCCACAUCUCACCUCGUCUUCCCGCCACAUGAGCACGAUGCAGCUUUUCCCCUCGGAGUGCCACAUUGCUGGCGGAGACAAAAGCAUGUGGCAUGGUCUUAGUUAAGGAGAAACAGGAUACUGAACCAUGGGAUCAGAGGAAUAAGUACUCUAGCAUAAGGCCCCAUCUUCGCCUAUUCAUAAGCCGCUUGGAGUCUAUUGAGCAUGAAAAGUUAUUCUAGUAUAACAUCUAAUGGUCUCUGUUCCCAGUGAAAGCAGCGGCGGCGGCUCGGGUGUCUUUUUUAUUGCAUCUUGAAGACGGCGUUGGAAAAAGUGUAUUAUUAGAGGAAGGCUGCAGUGGUCCAGAGUAAGCACGCUGAACGAACAUCCCGUUCAGAACAUUGCAAAUCAAAUGUUGCAUUCUCUGAUGAAUUGGCGAUUGAGGGUGUUAAAUGUUUCUACAUGGUGUUGAUACAGAAUAGAUGCAUGCUGGGAAGUCUCUGCGGAUUGUCUGAGAUGUUUCUCGAAGCUCAGUUUCAGAGAGCAGACUGUUUCUGUCUGCUGGUGUGUGUUAAUGAGAUGGAUGGCCAGCAGCGAGCAGACGUUUGCAGAAAGGAUGGUCUUUGUUUGCUCAGGGAUGUGGAGGUGUUUGGAUUCAAAACAAUCACACAUGUUUCUGUUUGCUGUGUCUUCCCACUUCCUCCUACUUCUCUCUCUCCUCCUCACAGGUUUCCAACUGGUUUGCUAAUGCCAGGAGGCGACUGAAGAACACAGUGAGGCAGCCAGACCUGAGCUGGGCACUGAGGAUCAAACUCUACAACAAAUAUGUGCAAGGCAACGCCGAGAGGCUGAGCGUCAGCAGCGACGACAGCUGCUCUGAAGGUACGAACACACAUUCCCAGGGCUUGGACCUUGUCUCUGCUUCAGGAAAUGUUUCCUGUAAAGCUGAGGGCCGAGGCUAUGGUCCACAUUAACUGGAGGUGCAAUAGUUUGGUGGACAGGCUGGAGGAGCUGGAGUAGACAGAUUAUCAUCCACCUGAUGAAGUGGAUUAGUGUUUUUCUCACUCUGUUGGUUACACAAAUACCUUGGUCCUGUUUUCAACACUCUUUCCAUGAUCGCUCAUUUGAAUUCCAUAAAGGAGGAUUACGCAGGAUUUUAGAGAACUGUGAAUGAGCCCAAUUUGAGGUGUUCUGAAAUGUUGUUUUGAAUCCAAACUGGUACGUUCUGAAAUGACCUAUUUACCAGCUUCUCACACGGACUGACUGACUGACGGACUGACUGACUGACUGACUGACUGACUGGUGUAUCAAGAUGAGAUAAGAUACAAGACAAUUCAACAGAAUACUAUUAAAUAUGAUUGGACAGGAUAAAGAUACAGUCAGAUUUAAAACCUGAUAUGAUAUAUGAUAUGAUGAGUAACAAUAAGAUGAGGUGCAGUGUUAGUCAGUGUGAUUCAGUACAUUAGAAUAAGCUUAAACACCAUAAUAUGAUACAGAUCAACAGAAGUUAAGCUCGUGUGAAUCUACCAGCACAUACAUUUUACUGUCUUCUCUCCCCCAUCACAACAAAGGAGUUACUGGUCUGGAUUUGACCCUUGACCUUUUUGUGAUGGCUGCUUGAGAGGCUGUCAGGUACUCUUGGUUUAAUUACGUUUGAUUCUUUGUGUGACUGAUUUAAUUGAUCAAUACGCUUUGGUUUGAUCCAAUAACAUUUACUUUACAGCCUCUUCUCAUAUUCAUUACUUCAUGUGUUCAUCAGUGAUUGGAGUUCCCGCCAUUGUCUCUGUGCAAGGCUUUUAAAGGGGAUUUCUAUCCUGUGUUUUCAUGUUUGUGAGGUUCCUCUGGGUUUACCACCUCAUCUCAUUCUUGGACUCACAAUGAGGAUUUAGGUCCUCAUCAAUGAAGAUCCAAAAGACCCUGUUCUGUUUAGUGCAUGUUGAGCUUGAUGCAGAAGAAUCAGCCGUAAAGCUGUAUUUGCUGAGAUCCGCAGGUUUCUCUUGAUCCACAGGUUGUAGAUCGUGGUGCAGUGGUUCUUUGUACUACAGAAUUUUAUCCCGAGUUCACAGGAUGUCCUUCAGUGACUCUUUUUGUUCUGGUUUGACAUCUCAAUCCAAAAAGCCUCCAAACAUCAGCUGUUCAAGCAGCAGGUGUUGACAAAUGCUUGAAUGAAUGAGUUUUUCUAUUAUUUCCUGAAUCCAUUGUUCAGGUUGAAGCUAAAACUAUGUUAAUUUUUCACUGUUGAACACACUGAUCGGCAGGUUAAGGUUUCUGUGAGCUCGCUGUAAAGCUGCUCCAUCCAUCACUCUGACUGAUGAUCCCUCCACAGACCUCAGAUCUCAGUCUUUGAGUCUGUGAUGAUGAACAGGUCUCAAGCUGUGGUGUAAACCUGCUGCCCUUUGUACAGACUGACAGAGUAAAGCUCCUUACAUCAUACUCCGAGUGCCCUGAAACUCAAGUCCAGCAUUCUGACCUGAAGCGAGGCCAAAGGCACCAUGUGCCCAUCCUAAAGCUGGCUGAUGCUAUGCAGAGCCAUGUUCUCUGAGUAUAAAAAUGGCGAGUGUGUGAGCCAGCCGAGCGACGCCGAGGCCGGCGUGCUGUGACACACUGUCAUUAAAACACCCCGCUGAGCCAGCCUCCGUCUCCCAGCCUACAAUUGUAGAUGAGCAGCUUUCUGUCAGCCGUGUAUUUACAGCAGCGGCCUCUCUCCUCACUGACAGCACUGAAAACAUGGUGGAGGAAGGAAAAAUACAAAACACGUGUGCUGAGGAUGAAGAGAGAGGAAGAGCGCUGUGGUGUCAGGGAUCUCUAAUUAAAUUUCUGAGGAGGAGAGGCUGGGCUUGUGGUGGAUGCAGGAAUGUGUGCAUGGUGUUUGCAUUGUGUCCGCCACAGGCCACUGUACCACCGGAGGCUCUGUAUAUCUCUCUGACUCUUCUUUCUGUCACAUUAUGGUUAUGAAGCUCUCCGCAGCCUGCUCCCACUUCUGACCCACGUGCUAAAAGCCCUCUAUUAUGUUUUUAAGCCUGUGCUUUUGUUCCAGAGGCUAUUUAUGGAGUCGGACCUGACCCCACUGACUCUGCAAACUUUCCUCUUUCUGCCUGAAAACCCUCAGCGUGUUUUGUUUCAAAUCCAUCAGAAAAAUAAGUGUUUUCUGCUCGGGGUCUGAGGAGGACACGCCGUCAUGUAGAUGUGAAAAAAAAGGUGAUUUAUUAUCAAGGUGGCGGAGGCAGAUCCAAACUGAAGCUGGUGUAUGUUAGUGGUGACAGCUCAGAUGAGUUAUCACCUGUACGGUCUGACAGGAGAUGCUUUGUGCUCGCUGAACUUUACCUCAGAUAGCACACAGAGAAAGAGAGCGAGUGUGUUACCUCCAUGUGUUUCUGAUAAGUGGCAGUCAUAAUUUUAAUUUGGCCCAGACUGAAUCAAAAUUACAAAAUUACACUCUUGGCAGGGAGAGCAUCUCGUGAACUUCUCCUUAAUUUCCCUCCUGCCAGAACGAUCCUGCGUUUUCUGGUCUCUGUUUUAUCCUUGUUUCUUUCAUCAGGUACAGACCUGAGCUUUAACCUGAUCUCUCCCCCUCAGAGUGCUCUGGAAAUUAUUUAUUUCUUCAGGGGAUGAGGGGGCAACGUGCGCCUGAUUUUUGAUGAAGAGGAAAUAGGCUACCAAUCUGUUCUGGUUUGGUAAUGUGUCUCAAGUCUCAGCUGGACUUUCUGUUCUUGAGACGAUGCCAGCAGGAGUGCCAGGUUCACAUCCCUCAUCCUGGUUUUUAGAUUUCAGAUUAGCUCAGAUAUCCAGACUGUGAGUCAAGAGAGGUGGAACAUGCACAGGAGUUAGAGAAGCUUUGGCUGCACAAAUGAUUUCCGUGUUUAUUUAAUAUAUUUUACUCAACGUCAUCUGGAGCAGCUGAUAAGUCUGUCAGAAGGAAUGCUGAUAAACUGUUCCUGGGGUUUGGACUGGAGGUGAAAGAUGUGGAUCUGACUCAGAUCUGAUAACCUGCUGCUGAUGGCUGAUACUGAGAAGGUUACACAUGUAGAUUUGACAUUUUAUUUAUUUUAUCAUUUGAGGUUAAACUGAACUAAAAUAAUCUGUUCAUCAACAUUUCAAAUAUCAUUUCAGGGGCAGAUCUGCUGGUAUUUAUUGUACACUUCUUGAUGUAAAUUUUCCCUUUUCCUGCAUAUCAGGCAGGUGGCUUUUCCACAGAGGCUCAUAUACUGCCAUGUGCAGCUUAAUUAGGGCCCACCUGAUUAGAGAAAAGUGGGUGCAAAUGAACAAAAAUCGGGUUAUAAUGAUUUAAAGGAGGGGGGAGGUGGACAGAGAGACAUCCUCAGAUUAAAAAAGUGUUCAUCUGUGUAGCAUCAGACCUUUCCUUUCACGUUUUUGCAGAUGGGGACAAUCCUCAGAGGACACAGAGUGGCCCAGAGGAGCUCAACAAGCCCAUGUACCAGAGUGUGAUCAAGAAGGAGGGCUCCUCCAUGGUGGGCAUGGCCAUGGGGAUGGGCAUGGGAAUGGGGAUGGGAAUGGGCGUUGGGCUUCGUUCCGCUGCAGAAGCCGCCUCAUUGGCCGAGGACUACGUUUCCCCACCAAAGUACAAGAGCAGCCUGCUGCACCGCUACCUGAACGACUCGCUGCGCCAUGUCAUGGUGGCCAACGCCGUCAUGGAUGCUCGUAAGAGGAACCACUCCGGCUCCUUCAGUUCCAACGAGUACGACGACGAGCUGCUGUCACCAUCCUCCUCAGAGGCCGAGGCAAAUUUUGUUUAUCGGGCUGGUAAGGAGCCACAUUUCUGACAUUCUUUCCUCUGAGUCUCCCUCACACUCACGACAUCCCUCACUUCUGUUUUUUUAAGUCCCUCCAUCUGAACUCUUUGUUUUAAUCCCUGCAGCUGCUCCCUUAUUUCCAGCUGCCUGUAACAGUGCUGCAGAAUAAAUACCACCACAGUGAUCUGAUACACAACCAUCCACAUCGAACCUCUGUGGUUCUGAAUCACUAACAAGGUUAAGACCAGAGAGAAAGAGAGAGAGAGAAAAAGAGAGAGAGAACAUUUGAUUAGAUUAAAGCCUCAGAGAGUCCACAACACACACACACACACACACACACACACACGCUAACAUACACUCAUGUGCACACAACACACACAUGUGAACAUUUACUCACAUGCACACAACACACACGCUAACUUACACUCAUAUACACAACACACACAGACAUGCUAACAUACACUCACAUACACACAACACAUGCAUGCUAACAUACACUCACAUAUGCACUCAUAUGUACACACACAUCACACAUGCUAACAUACAUUCACAUACAUACAACACACACACACACACACACAUAUACACUCACAUUUACACUCAUAAACACACAUAUACACAAAAAACUCCCAUACACACAGACACUCUCAUACACACACACACAUACAAUACACACAUAUACACAAACAUAUAUACACAACACAUUUUUACAACACACUCACGUACACAAAAAUAUACUCACACACACAACACAUUCACAUACACUUACAUACCUAUACACACAACACAAACACAUCACACUCACAAAUACUCACUCCCAUGUACACACACAACACACUUACGUACACUCAGAUAUCCACAGAAGAGUCUGCACAUCAACACACACACUGCAGUCUCGACCUCGCUCUCUCUCCUUCUCUUUCCCUCUCUCUUCCUUACUCUCUUGCUCUCUCACUUUUCCCCCUAUCUCUCUUCCCCUUUCUCUCCCUCUUCCUCUCUCUCUAUUUCUCCCUCCCUCUCCCUAUCUCUCUCUUCCUUUCUCCCUCUCCCUAUCUCUCUCUUCCUUUCUCUCUCCUCUCUUUCUCUCUCUGUGAGCAGAGGAGGAAUUCCCCCGGUCGGCUCCUCUGACCGGGCUUUAGCCGUCCAGACACAACACGGCUGUGAGGAGCGUGCUCACUCUCAGCUCCUGUUUGGCAGCUUUGAUCAGCUCUGAGGUCCUGCUGAGAGAGCGAGGCCAGAGUGUGUGUGUGUGUGUGCGCCCGUGUGCGUGUGUGUGUGUGUGUGUGUGUGUGUUAGCAGACUGUAAAUCUGUGGAAAUGUGUGAGCACUCACACUUGUUCUGUUUUUAGCAAGCAUGAAUAUCACCUUUAAAGACAGUCUGCAGUCUACAGAGGGAGGAGGAUCUCCUGACCCGGGUCAGCAGUGGUUCAGGUCAUUCCCCUGAUGUUCUCGUGGUCAGCAGAGCUGAAGGUGUUCAGUUUUUCUCCUGUUAUUAAUCGUCUGCUGAGCGACAGUCACAUUCCUGAGAUAACUCUGGAUGAAGCUGUUUGACUGUCUUUGUGUUCCUUUCCGUCCUGAUUCUGAGUUUAGACUCUCACUAAAGAAAGAGAAAUCUUUAAAAUUUGAGGGUUCAGUUUGUUGGUUCAUAAGUUUAUAUUAAAAUCACUCAUGAACUUCUCUAAAUCUCUUCAAGAUAAAAACUGAUGAUAAACGUGACGGUAAAAGACAAAAGAGACAAUGCGACUAAAGUAGUGUAAGGUAACUAAUAGUGAUUAUAUUAAUAGUGACAUUCAUUAAUUUAUUUAGAUUUUUCAUUUGCAUAUGUAGAAAUGAGUUUAUGUAUUUAUUAAACAAGUUAUUAAUUUACUCACCUUAUUUCUCAUCUUUUUUUAUGUUUAACAUUUAUUUAGUUCUUUUUUUAUUCUGUCAUUCUUUUUCUUCUUAUUCAAUUUAAUCUUAUACACAUUUUUCACUAUACUUGCUAACUUUCCUUUUAAUUCAUUUAUUUAUUAACUAUUUAAUUACACAUUGAUCUGUUUACUUAAUCUUUUAUUCAUUUAAUUUAUUAGUUAUUAAUUUUUAAAUUAUUUAUUUGUUCAUUGUUUACUGACUUAUUAGAUUUCUUUUUAUUUAUUUGUUUUUUCUUUGCUUACUUAUUAACUUAUAUAUUUCUAUUUUAUCUUUAUUUUGUUCAUUCAUGUAUUUUUUUUAUAUUUACUUCCUUACUUUUAUUUUUCACUUAUUAAUUGUUUUUUGAAUUUACAUACUUUCUCUCUAACUGAAUGACUUUUUAAUAAUCAUUGAUUUGAUGUCUGUGUUUGGGACAGAUAUUGUUUACUUAUCUAACCCUGUGGAUAAUCUGUUUCACAAAGGCAUAGUGUCUUAUGUAUGUCACAGUUAUUUGAGCUAUACCCCACCGGAAGUGUAAAGAAAGUCCAGGGCCUUUCUAAAAUAAAACAUUCUGUACGUCAUAUAUGUGAGUGGCCAACCAGAACAAUAAUGAUACACACAAACACACAAACAAAGAUGUCAAAAAACCUCUUUAAACCUAUUUUAAUAGCAGGUAGAACUACUCUAGUCAUCCAGCAGGUGUGUUUCAGCCUUUUCUUAUUGGACAGCCCCUCAGCAGUAAAAGUGUCAGAUCUCUGGCACCCUCGGACCUCGGUUGGGAUUAUCUGUGAUAUUUUGUUACCAUACCUGAGCCUAUGGAGAUAAUUUUAUAAGUCCCUGCACGCUUCAUUUGAGAAUUUAACCCUCUGAAGAUGCUUUCUGCUGUUUUUAAAGUCGGUCCUGACAGAUCUGGAUGUGUGUCCUCUGUGCUGACAAAGACUGCAGAAGCUUCACACUCCGUCUCUGACGGUUUAAUGACUCUGUGUUGAGUUAUAGUGGAUUCUUCUAUCUGAGGCCAGCGUGUUCAGACUCUCAUCACUGUUUCAGACCUUUUCACUCCUCUCUGAUGUUCCCCGAAACUCUUAAGUGUGAAUUUACUGUCUGGACCUCACAAAACCUAAAACUCUGCAUGCUGCAGACUCUUUCACAGCUCUCCAGCUCUCAGUUAGUCUGAGCUCAACAAUCAAGGUCGGAUCUGUCCAAGUUUCUUCAUCAGCUGAGAACACUGCUGCUUUUGUUCCAUCAAUGUGUUUUCACUUUCUGCCGGGCACAGACAGGACCCUGAGGGGCGGAUUUGAAGGUGGAGGUGGUUGAGUGACAAAAGGUUGGGGGGCUUAGUGUGGGGAGGAACAGGUUUUAUUGUGUUCCAGUCAGAGCUCCUCUGAUGGAAGAAUGUGUUUCAUAUUAUCUCAGAGUGGAGGACAGAGGGGGAGACGCUGACAAUCCUCCUGAUCGAAGGAGCUGAAACUCUGUGACCUGAACAAAUGUCAGGCUUUUUCAUGCUGCUGCAGCACCUGCUGCGAGCUGCAGAUGGAGGAAUAAAAGGGAAGGAUGGAUAGACCAAGAGAGACUUAUAACUCCCUCUCAACCAGACUUUAAUAAGACAAAUCCCCCAAACCGUCCUCACUCACCUGGCCGGCCUGCUGUUUUUAAUAGAGAGUAACUAUUUUAUCUCUGAGGUUAAUAUCACGUCUUGGCGCUGAGGUCUCCCUCUUGGUUUCUCUGGCUGCUUUACAGACGAGUUACUCUGUUACAUGCUAGAGAGAAUUUUGAAUCCUCACAUGGAAAGUCCUCCGCAGGACUGUUGACUCACAGGAUCAAACACCUGCUGACACUGUCACUUUUUUAAACAAAUGAAACAGAGAAAAGUCCAGAAAGUGAAUUUUAGAUUCCUCAUCUGAUCUCGCCGCCGCAGACAGAGUGAAUCAAGAGGAGCAUUUAAAGCCCAGGUUUGCAUCAUUUCCUUUGUCGUUUUAUCAUGCUGUGGCAGCAAAUUCCAAAUAUUUUCAUACUGAACACAUUCCUCUUUUACUAAUAGUUUUAAUGUGUUUUUGUAAAAACAGAGAAAUAGCUCCCUGAGUAGCAGAGUUCACAUAAAUCUGCCUUGUUUCAGUUGUAGAAAGGGAAAAAAGGAAUAAAUCGGGUUUAAGCUCAGAAAAAGCUCCCUCUGCUCUCUCUUUAAAAAUGACUAAAUGUCCAUUAUUUUCAGCAUGAAGGAGGAAAGAAUUUCUACUUCAGCGUAGGAGCACAAACGGUGUCUUUUGGCGCAUUCUUCUGCCGGAUAAAACACUUCUGAUUGGUCAGGGUCAAAGUGGCGUGCCUGGCAACCAUCAUACUAUUGGCUGAAGGUCCAUUAAUGGCCCAGUUGGCUGCAGCCUGAGCCCUCAGUGUUAUCUGUGACUACAGAGGGCAGUCAGACGUGGCAGGAGAUGGAGAGUGCAGAUUUACCCCAGUGGAAAACUACUUCUGCUGGCUAGAGAGGACUCUCUGUCACACACACACACACACACACACACACACACACACACACACACACACACACACACACACACACACACACACACACACACACACACACACAGUACAAACACCCACACGCACACACACGUACAGUUCAAAGCCUGUGGGGAAUUUCAUUGAACACGAGGAGCAGCAGAAUUCCAGCACAUAUGCCAGGGGUUUCAUGCCAAAUUACCCUUUAAUGGGAUAUUAAAUGGCAGGAAUCUGGCUCAAUGUUUUCUUUCUCGCUCUGCACCAGAUUUCGCCCCGUCCGAUAUCAUACAGAUCAUUAUUCGCUAAAUAACUCCCAACGUUUCCGCGGAUGGAGACUCUGAGAUCUCGGUCAGAUGUUUUACAUGGGGUUGACAGUGGUAGGUUGUCUCAGGUUUGCUCUGUAAGCACUCUGGUUACAGCUGACUAAAGAUGCCUGGUGGUGAAUGCAGGAAGCUUGCCAAAGAUCCGACUGAUGUGGAAAAGUCGUGACGGCUGAGAGCAAGUCAAUGGCCACCAGCAUGUUUCCAAAAAGUGAAACUCUUUAGGGAAAAAAGUGCAGAUAUAUUUUUAAAUGAGCAGCACUUAGUGCUGAUAUUUUCAGCUUUAUAUUGAAGGAGAAAGCUUCAUCUGUCAUAAUUUCGGUCAGUAUGCUGACUUUGCUGAAGCUCUUAACUGCAUGUGUUUCCUCCUCAUACUGUGAAAAUGUCACUGCUGUCUGCCUGGAUCACCUGUCCUUCUGAGACAUACCAACAUAAUAUGCAAAUACAAUGAGGAAAAUAGGCUCAUCGAAAGCAGAUUCUGGACCAUAUACCACAGAGACUUCAACAGGAGAUGCACGUGCCUCUGUAAACAUUUUAGAGAAAAUUAGGCGUGAAAGUGAAAGAGGAGAGAACCUUAUAGAGGUGAAAGUUGCUCUCUAUUUUACAGUCUUCUUUGCCAUACAAUGGGACAAAGUCACUGUUAUUGGUCAGAAACUAUCAGAUUAUAGACUUUCACUGAAAUCAGCAGCAUUUUACAGUCACUCACAGGUUCCUGAAUCAGGUUUUCUGAAUCAGGUCACAGCUUGUGCCAGAUGGUUAUUGAAUCCUGGAGAAAUCUGUGGUCCUAGAGGAGGUUUGGAUUCGUGCAGGUAGUUGGAAGAAAAGUUCAGUUAAUGUGGAAAAAAAAAAGAAUGUUUGGACUUCUUGUGUGAUGAUUGAAAGGUUAGGAGAUAGGUCUGAUAAAAAAAAGGAUUUCUAUUAUGACUGUUUUCAUAUUUUCUCUAACAAGAUACGCUGAACUGGAAUUCCUUUACCUUUAAUGUGACUUUGGUUUCCUCUCCAAAGGGAAGCACAGCUGUGCAGCCUUGUUGAAAGUGAGGAGCUGCUUAGAUUGAAGAUGUGUGAUGGCUCAUAGUGUAGUUUAUCGUAAACCACAGAGGAAUGAGGAGGACAAUGCUCGACACGAGGACGCUUGGUGUCAGCGAGGCCCUCCCUGACAGUGAUAAAUGAGGACUCAUCUUCUGAGGAAUCCAGAGAUGUGGACGGACUGGCGGAGAUCUGUUCUUUCCACAGUUUAAUAGGAAAGGGAAGACAGAGAAAAGGGAGGGGUGGGUUAGAGAUGCUGUUCCAAGGCUGUAGCUUUUGCCAAAACUCACUCGCUUCAGGUUGGACUCCAGAAAUCAGGGACAAAGAGAGGAGAGGGAGACUCUUGUUCCAGGGAGUCCUAAAGCUAAGUCUCUGCAGGGACAGUAGGAGAGGACAGCACCAUGGUGGUGACUAAGAGACAGAGAUUGUGGUCGGAAGAAAUGAGAUGUGUGUGCUGUCUUGAAUUUCCUCUCACAAAGAUAGGGAGAAAAGGGAAAUCCGCCAGACUGAGGUCGGUUGACUAGACCUCCUUUUAUUACAGGGCUUUUUUAAGAAUAGGCUCAGAUUCAGGGAUCGUGUUAAAUUACAACCGAGCCGAUGUGAGGAUUAAAGUUUACACGCAUAUUUGUAAUAUUUAGGUCCUAUUUUUGCACCUGCUUCAUGUUGUGGCUGGCUGUAAAUUUAGCUUUCUUUGAAUAUUUGCCUGUGAAACGUAUUCCAGAGUGACAGAAAUAAAAGAGUUUUAUUUUAGAAUUCAAUUUGGUGAAUAUUUAAUAAGAAGGGGAUCUUCUAGAAACAGCAGGAUCAUUGAGCGACCUGACAGCUGUCCUGCCUUGCAGACUGAACCCAAAUAUCACAGGGUAUAAAAAGUGUCAUCAAAUUAUGAUGAUUAUUAUUAUCCCGAUUAAUCACUGAUUUUUUACUAAUUGGUCCUGAUUCAUUACAUUUUUAAACGCAUAUUUCAAACUCCCUUACUUUGCAUUUUAAUUUUUUUUUUCUGGACUUUAAAAAAAAAGAAAAUGAAAGGACAGUGGAUAGAGCUGGAAACAGGAAGAAAGAGUAGAGAGUGACAUCAAACCUGGGCCAUCUCUUAGACCUCUGGGCCAUGGGUGCUCCUAUUAAUUUGCAUUUUAAAACAGCAUCAAGUCAAGAUUUUUAUUUCUAACCAGAGUCCUAGUUUAAUUUGAUUCACAGGUAGGCCUUUGUGGUGAUAUGGUGAAGCUAACUCUGCAGGCUCAUGGUCAGACUGAUCAGAGUUUAAGUAUUUUCAUGUAAUUUUGUUAACACAGAUGGAUUUAAAGUGCAUCUUAUCUUUGACUUGUUAACUGAGCUAUCUGACAGUGUUGAAGUCAAAUUAAAAUGCUAAUCAAAUCUUGCGUGGACAACUUGUAUGUGUCAGAAAAGGAGAGCUGCUACGGCUCGUGCAUCUAAAGACCUACACGGUGACUUGAAUGCAAAAACCAGAUGAGCUGGUCUUGUUUUGCUCAUCUUGUUCUUGGGUGCUGCCUGCUGAAUUAUUUCAGAUCUGCAGUAUUCCUACAAUAAUUAACCUCCAUAAUGCAUGUCUGGCACAGCUUGUUUCUGGCUUUAAGCUUUGUGCUGUGAAGUUGAUCUGUGUCUCAGGGGAGCAGCUCCAUCAUUUUUGUUAGUCAGUCCAGCUUCUCACUUUGUUGCACAAAUUUGUGCUGCAUAGUUAAUCCAAUUGCAAUCCCAAUGUAAAAUAUGCAGCGAUAAAAAAAGCUUCAAGUUGUGAUUUAAAUGCAUGAGUGUGUUUGCGAACAUUACAGCCUUUCCUCUGGUUGGUUGCUGUCUGUUUGGUGAAGUUGGUCAGCUACUCUGACAGUUUGUCCGUGUUUGCACGAAUGCUGACAAGCAGGAGAAUGAAGAGCAAGGCGACACUGAAGCAGCCACGAGAAAGAAACUUGCACAUGUGCAGGACGAAAUAAAGUGUCUUCAGGGGUCAACUAAAUCCACCGUAUCAACUUAAAAUACAGAGCCUGAAAAACUCCUCAAACCCACUGAAAUGUAUCUCAAAUGACUGACUUUUGAAUCCAGAAACUGGAGUCAUAAUUUCAGAUCUCCUGCCAGCUUUCCAAAGACACUCACCAGCAGGUCUGACACCUUUUACAGGGAAACCCUGAGAGUGCUUUCUCCUCAGAUCCUGAUUUUAUGUCAGCAGAGACAUAUUAGAGUCAGUCAUCUGUGCUUUGACACAACAGGUAAUAAAAAGAGACAAGCCGCGGCUUUUUUCCCAAAGAGGAUGAUUACAUCACAUGUUUCUGAGUAUCCUCCUGGAAAAGAACCGCUGCUGUUUGUGGCGCGUUAAACACACUCACAUUAAGGAAAAAAGAAACUAAAGCCGCAAGUAAACAUUAUUUAGAUUUUUAAGUGUUUUCAUGUGUCCAAAAAUAUCUUUCUUUUGGGAUCUGGAGGCCAAAUGAUACGUUAGCGCUGGGCUCACUGCAUCAUUAUGUUGCAAUUCUUCACAGUGGUUGGUUGAACAGGCCUCUCACACUCUUUGGGGAUUUCUGUGUGUGUGUGUGUGUGUGUGUGUGCGUGUGUGUGUCUUCGCUGGGUCACACCUCUGCUCUCUCAUUAAACUCCCUCUGCUCUCCUUCAGCCCGUGGGAACACACAAUGGCAGCCUAUUGUUCUAGACACAGCUCGCUUUUUAAAAUGGAAACAAUUUGUGUGUUUUAUACGGAGCGAGGCAGCCCAUUCGGUUUCCCUGACUGGGCGGGCAGCUGGGAAUCUGAAGACCUGGUUGUGUGAGAGCCGUGUCGUGCCGUGGAUUUAAAAACGAUUAAGUUGAGAGGGCACAUUAUUCCACACUCCUCCACGUCUAUGUUAGGGAGCUCUGUUUUUUAGUGUCUGUUCACACAUCCCUGCAGGAUGAACACUGCCUGUCUGCUCAAUCUCUGUAUUCCAGCCGGCACUGACCGAGGUCCACCAUCACUCUAAUUCUCUAUUCUUUCUGCCUAUUCAUCCACCUUUCCAUUGCAUGAAGCUCAGUGCCAGGAUAUUCCCCCACCUCUGCCAACUCCAUGUCGUUCCCACCAUCAGAGCAGCCACACCCUGCAGGACUCUCCACAGCCCUCAUACUCAUCACUGGAGGCUCCACAUUUCAGAGACAGGGUGUAAACAUGACUUCAGAGUGAUUAGGGCUCUCAUUCUGACGCAUUUGCCCACACAUUUAACUCCCAACUCAUCAAAUAUGCAGCUGAACAAAGUCACGUAGCUGCACUGAAAUCCAAAAGUGUUUGCAGGGACAGUGAACUGAGCCAAGCAUUAUUCCAUUUACAUUUGAUUUAAUAUUCACAUUUUAUUUGUGGGGUUUUGUCAAAAGAGAAGAAAAGAAGAAACAAGACAAAAGGAAGUGUUCAACCUGCUCUCUCAUAAUCAGCCAUCCAGCAACUGUAACUGGUCUAGAUUCAACCAUAGAGCUUAGAGCAUAAAGGUUUAUGUUGCUGCUUCAAACCACACGUAGGAACACGUACAACUCAGCAUUCACUUCCUCAAAAAAGUAACUUGGCGUUAAAACGAUGCAGACAUAAAACUUUAUGAUUAGUCCACUUGGGGGUGGACAUUUUACCUCCAACUUCUCUCCUCUUCCUCAGCGUACUUCAUACAGUCCCUCUCCUCCAGCAUCCCUUGUGGUUUUGGUCUUUCCCAUACUUGCAGCAUGAUCAGCUGCUGCACAUUACACAUCAGCUAAAACUCAAAGACAUUAAGCAUGGAUUCAGUUGCUAUGGUUUCCUGUGCAUAAAAAAAGGAGGGAACAGAGCAGGACCAGAAACUGUGGACAUGAUGAGUAUAGACUCCACACUGCCCACUGGUGUUCAGUAGGGGUGUGCCAUCUUAGUCACUUCAUGAUUCAAUUCGAUUAUUAAACGAUCUAAUCUGAUCCAACAUAACGUAAUAAUUAUAACUGAACCUCAGUAGUAAUAAAGACUUAUAAACAGUAUUCAGUGAGCAGCAGAGCAUCGCACAACAAUUUAACAUUUUGAUAUCUACAACCAAAAGCAUCUUUAAAUGUAAACAAGUGGUGGAUGAACAAAAUGAAAACAGAAUGAAGUAAAUCCUCCACAGGAAAUACCCCCACAUGCUGGAUGUCAAACCUGAAGCUUUAGCCUCAUGCUCAGUUAUAAUAGCCAGAGAGUUAGCUGCUGCCAUGUUGGUUAACAGUCUGUUAUGAGUCUGUCCCUUAAAACUGUCUCGGCAGCUUUUUUCCACUCUGGCCAACUUCUGGCAUUCCCAUCCCAAUGCAUCGAAGAAUCAAUGUACUGGCCCACCCCUUGUGUUCAGGUGGAGUAAUGCUGAGCGAUACAGAGGUGUGUAGUGUUCACAUCAGUGUUUGAUGUAAAGGGAGGACCAGGCUUUAAAUAGCAGGGUCACCCCUUACACUAUUGUGGUCUCGCAAUCAGUGUGAGCAUCAAUCCUUCAACUGAAGACGUUAUAGAAAAAAUCAGAAAUAAAUGAAACACAUUAGAAACAGUGAAGACACUCAGAGCAGCUGUUCAGCAGUCUGGAACAAACUCUGAUGAUCUGUAGGGAGUCCUGAAUGAUGCCCAAAGUUUCAGCCUCAUUUUAGAUAACAGUGAUAGUUUAAAGACAUUAUUAACUUAAAGCGAUAUCAAACAAAGUCACUGUCAGGUUACUGCGGGCUAGACUCGGGGAAACCCCGGCUCUGCUCCUCUGAUGAUAUCACUUGCCUCUUUUAAAUCUGGUGUGGUGAUCAUUUCCUCGCCAUCAUCUGUUGUCACGCCAAAUCCCAAUUCCUGAUCUUUUUUAGUUUGUCCGUGACACCCUGGCAGUCACACCCUCACGCACACACAUCAAGAAGACACUCACGCUCACCAUGACAUUGUAUUUACUUCUCUGUCGAGACGAUCUUCCUAUUUUGGCUGAUUUACUGGGGCGCUGAUUACUCUGUGUUUACUGGCACUCGUAAACACAAUGACAACCUGGCAGCACUUAAACAUCUCCAAACACUGUUAUUAUUCCCCCAUCUAGCAAGAAGAGACAAAGCGCAGUCCUUGCUGCUGGAUGUUGGUUAUCUCCCCGCCAAACCAGUGUGUCAUCUGCCGGGCAGACAUGAAAAAAACACAGAAGAAGACAGAGAGCAGUCAGGAGAGUGGUCUUUGGGCGGCAGAUCAGUCUCUGUCUGGCUCUGUCUCUGUGUGGACGUUCUGUUUAAUGGUGGAAGAGCUAAUUAUUCAAUAUUUUCUUAAGCGAUGAGAGUGUUGUCAAGACAAACGGAGGAGGCAUUAAAUUCACAGCCUGUGUGAUGUUUUUGGCUGGGUGACUGGGACUGACAGUUUGGUUCUUGGAGCCUCAGACUCAGACUUAUUCACUCCCGUAGAGACUGAGAGAGGCAGAAAGAUGGCUUGGAGGAAUAAAGAGGAGUAAGGCUGGCAGAGAGUGAGACAGCAGAGUGCCAAGGAGCUCCUAAGUUCAUUUACAGACUCCCCCUGACAUUAUAAAAUGCCUCCAUCAUGAAGAGAGUUAUAAAAACAAAGGGAGAUCUGGGAGCCUCAAAACCUGAAGAAUUGCUCUGUGCUGCACCUCAUGCUCCAGACCCAGAUUUGGUUUUGGUGUCAGAUCCAAGAUGGCACCAGCAGACAUACCCUGCAGCAUCCUUACUCCCUUUUUUGCUUAGCUGAAAGUUAACGGUCUGUGCAGUCACAUCGGCAGAGAUUAGACUCUCAUGUUACAACCGGUGAGCUUCAGGAGACUCUAAAGAGAAAAAAUAUAUUCUGUGUAAUUAAUUUCUAAAGUUUGUCCACAACUCCAUUAGGAUUGCUGGAGGAGACAGGAUUUAUGACCUAUAAUGCAACCAGUCACCAGAAGGUACUGUUCCCAUGGAGGCUUCACCCAGUGAGGAGGCAGACAGCAUCCAUUCUGUACAAGGCUGUAAUUUUGUCUCUGACAGAAUCUUGAAUAAUUGUUCUUGGUAGAAGUGACUGCUCCUGAGAUACUUUUUAGGUUUAAGAAAUAAAAGUUGGAUAUAUGUGUAACUCCGUUUAAGUCUACACAUGGUUAUGUUGAGGUAUAACGAGGACCACAUCAAAGGGAGAACUGUGAAAAGUGGCUCCUGAGGUUCAACUAUAGAAAUAGUUCAUGAUCACAACUGAAUACCUCAUUAACUUUAAAAACACUUUUUACAGAACACAGGAAUAUUUCAUAAAAGGCACAAAAAAUAAAGAAAUGCAAAAACACCUGUGAUCUGAAAAUCAAUCUAAGAAUGCAUCAAAUUGGCAACAAUCAAAAAUGCUUCACAAAGAUCCUUUAAAAGUAUAUCAGUGACACAGAAACGCUGUACAAACCACUGAAACAGACUUUACGUAACACAUAUACUGAAAAAGGACGAAAUAUUUGAAGGUUUUUUGGAAAUGUUUUGGAGUUCAUGUAACAUUUUGUGUUUCUGGUCAUUUUUGUUUUACAUUUUGUGGAUUGUUUUUGGUUCUAGUGUAACGUUUCAGCUUUAGUGAAGAAUCCCAUGUUUGCACUUCUGUAGCGUUCGGUGAAAUGUUUUUGUGAGUUGACCCUCAGGGGCCACUGUAGAGGAAAGUCUCAAGGGUUGUAACUUUGAUAUCCUUCCAGUUCAGUCAUGUUUUUAUUGUGUUUGUUUCUAUUAUGAAAAUAGUGUAAAAUAGUUAUUCUUCCACAGUUUGAUAUGAAGGCAGUUUGGAGUAAACAGGGUCACAAACCUCACCUAUAGACCUCACGUCUGUGCUCUGGAUGUUUUGUGUUACUCUGGGGGUGAAGUGUGACCACAGGAGGACUCAUGUCUGUUGGGUGCAGAGCUUUGACUCACCUGCUUUGACUCACCUGCUGACAGUAAGUCCUGACUCACCCUCAGAUCUUCACCAUUUGUGAAUCUGUGUGCUGAUGUGAAGAUCUGAUGAUGAUAAUGUGAUAGUGUGAUGACAAGACUCACCCUGACCUGAACUUAAUGGAUCAGAGAGCAGAUCAUCGAGCUGCAGCUAAACACAGAGUCUUAUCUGAUGCUCAAAGGAAAUCAGAUGAGCUCAUUUCCUCACUUUAACAAUCAGGUCCAAAUGUGUGUGUGUGUGUGUGUGUGUGUGUGUGUGUGUGUGUGUGUGUGUGUGUGUGUGUGACUUUAAUCUUUCAAAUUUAUGACUUUUUUGUGUACAAUUCUGACUUUAAUCUCCUAUUUUUAUGACUUAAUCCUCUAAAUAGACUUUUACCUCCUUAAUUUAUGACUAUCACCUUAUACUUAAGACAUUUAUCUCCAGAAAUUGUGACUUUUAUCUCCUUACAUAUCUUUAAACUGCUAAAUUUAAGACUUCAGUCUCCAAAAGUGUCCAAAAUGUAUUCAAGUCAUUCAAAUCUCCUUCAAUGACUGGAAUCUCUUUAUGACUGUAACCUCCUGUAUUUAUGACUUCAGUCUCCUAAAUGUAUCACUUUAAUCUUCUAAAUUUACAAUAUAAUCUCCUAAAUUUAUUACUUAAAUCUCCUAAAUCUCAGACCUAAAUCUGCUAAAUUUAUUAAUUUAAUCUUGUACAUUUAAGAGGCUUAGUUUGUAGAUUUACAGCUUCUUCUAUCUCUUGCAACUUUAUUUCCAAACUGUAUUUUUUCUCUUUAAACAUAACUUUAAUCUUGUGUUAUAAUUCAAUAUGGUGAAACACCAGAUCCCAGAGUCUGCAGGAAAAAAACUGUCAAACAGGUUUACAGCAUGUGGCUACCAUAAGCAGAGCCAGCACCUUCAGCCCUCCUUACAGGUUAAAAUACACAUGCCUGAGCUGGUCACUCAUUACUCUCUCUAUAUAUAUACCAGUUUAAACAGUUUAACCACAGUCUGCAUACAUCUUCACCUGAGCUCAUUAACAUCAGGGUAAUAGAGCUCUAUAGCAUCAUAUGAGGGCAGCUGAAGCUAGCCCUGGUUAGUGGCUGUACUACAGCUCAGAUACAUCAUAUGACCAACGCUCAGGCCAAAAAUAACAAAAAUAUGAAUGAUUUGUUUAACUAGUGUUAACUAGUGAGAGUGAAAAUAUUGAAUUCUGUUUAACUACAUUAGCAGCUGGUUACCAAAUGCAAAAACAUAGUUGGAUAGGAUGUUAAAUGGUCACUGAUAAAUAAGCUGCACUCUGGCUUUUUAGACUGUUUCUGUCUGCUAACAGUCUGAAGGCUCAGCUAACCUCAGUCAGAUGGACUCUUGGAGCAACUAAACUGCAGAAACAGACACAACAUGGUUUCAAUCUGAAACCAAAAAAGGCAACAAAUAAGAAACUUCACAAAAAAAAGGUCGUACUACUCCUUUAAUCCCAUCCUUCUUUAAUCUGUCCUGUUUUAAACCCUUGAUUGGAUGUUUUUUUAGUUACGGAAACAUCAUAAAGCCUCAGAUGGUUUUGGCAGCGAGUAACUCUCAGUGAUGUCAGGUUUGACACUUAGUCUCAGUCAGUGCUGGGGAGACCACCAAGUGAGGGCCUGAAACUUCAGUCAUAUCAAAAGAGUGUGUUUGUGUGUGUGUGUGUGUGUGUGUGUGUGUGUGUGUGUGUGUGUGUGUGUGUGUGUGUGUGUGUGUGUGUGUGUGUGUGUGUGUGUGUGUGUGUUUGUGCCUAAUUCAGCCCAGCCCUCUGUUAGUGUAGCAGAGCCUGCCUUGUUUAUUGUUGCAUGUUGCUAACAACAGCAGCAGAUGGUAAUGAUGACAGUGAAGCGCUCUCCUCUGCUAACAGGUGGAAUUCACUCCUCUGAUUUUCAGCCUCCGUUUCUUUUAUUAAAGCUCCUCCAGUUUUUCAGUCUCUCUUACCUCGCCUUGAUGCAAAGUGAGACAGUAUUUUUGGACUUUCAGUGUGCUGCCAGAAACCACCCGACUCUAGCUUUCCUCCGUGGCGGCCCGUGAAACCCCGCUGUCGGAGCGGCCCAAAGGCAACAGUAAAGAGCGAGCGGGUGCUCAGUAGCGAAGGAGUAAAGAGGAAAAAAGAGGGAGAAAAUAAUAAAAGGUCCUGGGUGAUUUAUUGCAGAUUUAUUGAGUCUUUGGCGCUGCUCUUGUUUUUAAAAAUCUGAGUUUAAGAUGUUUUAGGCACCGAGCUUUGGAAACAGAGUUUUUCUAUGCAGUGGUGCAUUUCCAAAUCUGGGGUCUGGGGCUCCUGAGGGCAGAGACCAGUGCCUGAUUUAAAGGGUGGUCACAGGGACCAGAGUAGUCCUCCUCAGCUCUGCAUCUACCUCCUCCACCUGCAGAAAACAGUGUUCUGCAUGUUUCUAUACUGAGCAUGUGCAGAGGCCACCUCACAUACUGGAAACACUUAAGGCUGUGGACGGAAAGACUCGCACACACUGUACUUCUCAGCCCACAGACGGUCCACAACACACAAAGAGACACUUUCUUCACUUGUCGUUGAUGUGGCUGGUACUGACCUUCGUGCUGCUGCCACCAACUGAUCUAUACGCCUAACACCGCAGCAGUAAAAACUAACCUAAUAUAUUUUGGGGGGACAUAAAACACACUUAGAGACAGUGUAAUUUUCCUGUAAUUACAGAGCUGUGAUUAUGGAGGAUGGUGCAUAUUUUUAAUCAGGAACAACCUGCUUUUGAGCAACAAGAGGAGAUCUAAAAGGAAGCCAGAGCGGAGAGUAAAAGGUGAGGAAGCGAUGGAUAAUAGAAAGAGCUUCAAUAAUACAAAAGGAGGCAAAGCACACGCUUAAACUUUAUUAAAACAUGGAGAGGAAACAUUUGUCUUGGCUGGCCUGAGCAGGAGCCGUCGUCCUCCAGCACCUGGAUCCGAAUAUGUAAAAGCAAAUUGCUGCAGGAGAAGCAAGUAAGUGGAGGAUGGAGGCUCAGGGACUUAAGGGAUAUCAAUAAAAGGGAAAAGCCAUGCUGAUAAAGCAAGAUAAAGGCGGAGGCAGAGAUAGGACAGCAGGGAACUGUGGUUAGACAAGAAUGGAAGGAUUCAGUUGCAGGGUUUUGACGCACCAAAACCUGAGAUCUCUCUCUGCGGUUUGUCCGUCUGGGUUAUCAUGUCCUCAUCUCCUGCUCACACGUGCAUACACAUUCCUCCCUCCUUCUGUCAAGAACUGUCAGCUCAAGAAAAGGUUGCAGAGUGAAGCCUGUCUCUCUCUGUGGAAUAUACCGAUUACAGAGCGAAUGGAAAACUACAGGAAAUUUCAUAAUCAGGCCAUUAUUAGCCCAAGGCCUUUGAGCUCGGCACCAGUCAGACCAAAGGGGAACAUUUUUGGAAAACAAGGGAGGAACAAAGCAAUACAUCAGGGAUAAUUAGGUGCUUAUUGCAGCUUGAACAAUUCAUCCAGGUCUUUGGAAACUUAGGCAAGGUUAGAGGUGACAAAGCAGAACGGUUUAAACCUGUUGCGUCUUUUCUGCGACACCACAAGGAGUUUGGCCGUCUCUUUCUGCGGCUGUCUGCGACAAUACGAAAACCCGAACACAAUGUCCUCGUGCAACCUUUUCCAGUCCCUUCUAACAAUCAUGGGAAUGACAUUCGGGUGAAAAUGAAGGGUGCAGAUUUUCAUUAGCAGUAGGGAACUGUCAGAGACGCCUGUCGACGGGUGUUUUGCGGUGACGGUGGCGUAACGAGCGGCUCGUUAAAACAGGGGCUCAGGUUUUCACAUUUGCUUUAUUGGAAAAUGUGGCACAGGGAGGUGUGCAAGGACAGGCUGUUCCUGGGUGCUGUUUGUGGUGCAACAUCUGCAAGGAUGGAGAAAGUCUGCAAGACUGUCAGGAAUGGGUAUAGACUGUAGUAUUUCUCUGUUCAGUUUUCUUUCAGUAAUUCAGUGUUUAGUACUUUGAGCCUCUCUCUGUAUUAAUACAUGUCUGUGCAGAUGAUUUUAAUGACUCUGCUUCAUGCGCCGAUGUUUUGCACAUCUGUAUAAAUAUAUUAAAUUCUGUAGCUGUGCAGUUAAACAGUUUGGUGUGUUCUGUUACUGCAUGUGGACAAAGAUGGUAAAGUUGUUUGAGAUAUGGCUUUCAGAGGUCAAGGUGUUAUGGUUCAAGGCCUUCGACAUGUUUCAUUCUGCUGUAAUAACUGACAUUUUAAUAUGCACUCCAUUAGGGAUUACCCAGAUUUUGGAGCCAGCCCCUAGUGGGCAUUCAAAGAACUGCAGUUUUUUGGCAACUCUGCAUUGGCUUUUCUUGACAUCUCAAGAGGUUGAUCUGUAUUUUUUUACUCCACAUUUCUGAUUGAAAACCACAUGGUAAUAUUGGUGGGUGGGGUGCCCUUUAUUCAGCCCGAGCCCUUGCCCUCUAAAUUUCAGUUCACACCCCUGCUACUAAGUGGAAAUUUCUGGAGAGUGUGGACCCCUUUGAGGAUUUUUUAAUCAGCCGAUCAUCUGUACCUGAACUUUUUAAAAGCUCAGCAGGCCUUAGCUGUUUGUUUAGUCAACUUAAGAGUUGGCCUGCAGGCUGCACAGAUCCAGACGCUCUGCUCUGCUUUAAUGCCUCAUGAACCGCAGGGUCUGUGUCAUUAGAUCGGCUGCCAGACGAGGCCUACCUGGAUCUGAGCACAGGACAGGAGACAGGUUCAGUGCAAAUACACCGACAUGCACAUGGGCUUUCUCUGCAGUGUGCAGGCUGUUUGCCCUGAAGAGACGUUCAAUUUCAUUGUUUAAUGACUCUGCUAUUCCUCUCUAAUCUGUAACAUGUGAGACAGAGAUUGCUCCCAUUUGAAGAGGAUAAAAAAGUGAGUAGACAUCCAUCUUCCUCAGUGACUCACUGACUGCCCUCUUAUUCCCCCACAAAUCUUUUACGCUCAGUCAUUUUCAAUCUGAUUCCCUCAGACGAGUCAAUUACACUGGCCUGAGCCCAUUCGGUAUUUUGAACAAAAUAUUAGUAAAUGGAGUUUAUGAGUCAUAAGAAACAUCUCUCAACCCAAUCCUAUUAGUCACCUUGUUUUCUUGACAGCGUCUUGCAAAAACGUCCUUUUUGUCCAGCAUCUGAGUGAAGAGAGAAAACAGAGCAACAUGUUUGCGCAGGGCAGCGUGCAGACGCACUGUAAAGACCUCGAAUACAUGCACACACAUCUCCUGAGCAUGCAUGUUCACUCGCUUUUUGAAACUACUCAUUUAACACAGGAAGCUCUGAAAAAUUCACCUUGUUUUUCUCCUCUUGUUCUUUCAGAAACCACAGAGCACGGAUCGAGUAAAUGUGACAAGUGAGUUGACUUUCUCUUUACCAGAUUAUACUCUUCAUUUCCCUCGUUACAAGCUGAUCUUGACCUUCAACUUCCCCGCUCUCUGUUUUGUUCUUUCUUCUGCAUGUUUGUACGUUUGGCUGAUCGUCAGCAGCGGCAGUGGCGUCGGAGCCGUGCAGAAGGAGAAGGUGAAGGGGAAAGACGAGACAUACUGGAGGGAGAUCAAUGCUGCCAUGGCCUUGACCAACUUGGCGCAGGGGAAGGACAGCGCCUCUGGGACCACGAGCUGCAUCAUCCAGAAGUCCUCCCAUAUAGCAGAGAUCAAGACUGUGAAAGUGCCGCUGAUGCAGAAAUACUAGCCUCUGACGUCAUUCUCUGUCUCUCUAUGCAAAACCAGCAAACAUUCCUGUUCCAGCAAACUCUCUGGAGGCCAAAUCAACUCCUCUGUGUGAGAGGAAGAGGGGAGGUCUUAGGAUGAAGAGGACUCUUAUCCUCUCUGGAGGCCUUGAACAUCUUUUUUUUGUUUGUUUCUUUUUUGAUGGCUUGAUGAGUGAAAGACAAGCGUUAAUGAUGCAGUAUUUCCUAAAACAGACUCUUUUGUAAUGUUAACUUAUUUUCGUGAUUAUUUUUUAUUCUUCUUUUUUAUGCAUCAGAUUUUGUAUUUUGCCAAAGUGCCUUUUCUUAUUCAUUGAUGAGAAACUCUCUGACUGUGGUCAAUGCAAACUUUCAGACACUGACGUGCCUCUCUUGUAAAGUUCAGAGUCAUGAUUCAGGACUCUUUCUGUGAAUGAAACUCCUCCUCCUCAAUGGCAGCCUGUGCCUUCCUGACUGACUGAGCUCAGUGAACACUCCCGGCAGCAUUCCCCUGAAGAUGCUGAGCCUGUUUUGACUGGAGUCGUGGUUUUGACUGUCAGACCAUCACUGUUUAGUCUCCGGCUGCUGCCAGGACAACAGUGACUGCUGCAGAUAAGUUUGAAACGACGGCAUUCUCCACAUCUCAGCCUUGGAUUUCAUCAAUCAGCGAAGGUUUCUGUCUUAUCUUGUAGUUUCACCAAACGUGCACAAACGCUCAGCUGGAUGUGAUGAAGUCACGUUCAGCAGCAGCGACGUAGCUCAGACAUGUUUGAAACUUCAGCAUGGUGUCAGAAACAGGAGGAUGCCAUGACCUAAAAGGGAUGUUUUCACUUUGUAUUAUCAGUGUUUCUUUUCUGUGGACAUUUGUUGCCUUCUCACAUGUUUGUGUUCAGACAAGAUAGUCAGGAGAAAGAAAAGCCCCCCCCCCCCCCAUCCCUGUUUGAUCCUCAGCUCUCUCAGCUGUUUAGCAUUACAUCCAAAUUGCUGUUUACAAGAAGUAAAAGGAGACUCAACAUUUGACUUUCUCCCCUCGCUCCUUUUCUUUCUCUCCGUUUGUCUUCAAAAGUACAUUCCAGUAUUAUCUCUGUGUCGGCCAAGCGAGUGUUGAGCAUAUUUGUUCCUGUCAGUCUGUGUUUGUGUGGUCGAUUUGUUUUUAAUCAGGACUCUUGGACUUAACCGUGCGGCAUUAAAAGCUUCUUUCGUCAUCCAAUGGAAAGAAUCUGCACUUUUGGUCGGUGCAUAUGUUAAAAAAGUUUGUAGCCAAGUUCACAAACUUUGAGGAAAUCAAGUGGGACUUCUGGGGGAAAGUAAAGUUGGCGCUCCAUGCUGACUUUUUAAUUUCAUGUUUAUCUUGAAGGUACUGUUUCUGUGUGUCAAAAUGUACACUCCUCCACGAAGUUCUGUUUUCAGACAACCCAGACUGUGCUUUAGUCAAAGACUUUCAAAAAGUGCACAAGGAGAUUUUUAACCCUUUCUGUCUGUUUGCACUCACAGAAAUCUGCCUUUUCCAGAGGAGGACAGAAAUGAAGGACAGCCCUUUAUUAUUCCAGUUAGCGUGCCUAUGGAUGUAUAAUGAAAUCAAUCGCACUAGCCAAUCCCCAGGCACUAUUUGGUUAUGCAGCAGGGGUUUCUGGCUCUCACAUGUGUUUUUUAUACACCUGAUCCGGGCCGGGUAGCUGCAGGGUAGUGCCGCGCCGGCUGCCGUGUGUUUCUAAUCGCACCUCUGAACCUCUGAUGCUCCCGACUCUCACACCUCACACGAUACCCGCUCGCCAGGAGGAGAGAGAGCGAGGGAGCGAGGGGAGGACGCUUCAGAGACCACAGAGCAGAGUUUGGUGUGCUACCUGCAGACGCUCCCUGACAACUACUCCACAAGUGCUAACAAAGAGGUCUUUAUAGCCCAGACUUUGGUACUGUACUGGUCUUUCUGAGUAACCAUGCUGACAGAUAGAAAGUCACGGUAUGUUUUAAAGCCUAUAAAUUAUUCAUACAGACUUUGUACAAACAAAGAAAGUUUGUUUUUUAUUGUUAAGUUAUAUAAAAUGAAAAUUUUCAUCCUGUUUGUUUUAAUAGAGACUGGAUUUACAAUCCAAUGACCAAAUGCAUAUCUCUUUGUUGCUCUCAUGUAAAAUUUCUUUUAUAAAAACAGAUGUUUUGCAGUCAAAGCUAAAAAUAAACCUCUGAAUGAAAUGAAAA